AUGAAUGAAGAAACUCGUCCCACUCAUGAGCCAACAGUGCCGUCUCGCAGACUGUUCAAGGGUACGCUGAGCCCACCCUGCGCCCAACCAGCACACAAGUCAUAUACCUUGGCCCCGGCAUCGAUCUCGAAGGUGCACGUCAAAGACCUAUCCAAGAAACAAGCGUCAGGCCCCGACCCCAUCGCCAUCUCAUCCACCGCCGUGCGUCAACCCUUUGUGGACCCGGCCGUCCUGCAGCGAGGGCAUCCGCCUGCUGCGUGA